CCGUCCAGCUGGGCAGGAAUAAGGGAAGCGACCGGGAUAAAGGAGCGGAGAGGUUCUGGUUCUGGGUUCUGGAUGCUUCUGGACCCGGACCUGUUGUCUAGACCCGCGGACUGACGCACUGACGGACGCACUGACGGACGGAGGGACAGACGGACAUGGAGGAGGAUCACAAGGAGAGGUUACUGUGGACGGUGAAGCGGGAGGUGAAGCAGAUUAUGGAAGAAGCUGUAACAAAGAAGUUUGUCCAUGAAGACAGCAGCCACAUCAUCGCUCUCUGCACUGCCAUUGAGGCCUGUCUGGGUCACCUGCUGAAGAGACGGGCAGCUGGCUUUCUCCGCAGUGACAAGAUAGCAGCUCUCUUCACCAAGGUUGGCAAAGUGUACGACACUGCUGGCGAGGUUUGUCGUAAAGUACAAGAGCAGCUCCAGCAACAUGCCGAUCUCACCAGGAGACCUCAGAGCGUGAGCCAUGAACCUCUGAGGAGACAGGGCUCCUCCACCACCAGCCGGCCCCUGCAGCCUCUCUCCGCCCAGGCCAUCAAACACAUCUGGGUUCGCACAGCUCUCUUUGAGAAAGUUCUGGAUAAGAUUGUGCAGUACAUCGUGGACAACUCAAGUAAAUACUAUGAGAAGGAAGCUCUGAUGCAUGACCCAGUCUUCGGGCCCAUUUUAGCAGCCCUGCUAGUGGGGCCUUGUGCUCUGGAGUACACAAAGCUGAAAACCUCAGAUCAUUUUUGGACGGAUCCCUCAGCCAACGAGUUGGUUCAGCGCCACCGUAUCCAUGGUGCCCACCGAGGACAAGAAGUAUCGGCGUGCCGCCGGCCUGCUCUGGGGAUCCGCAAGAGGCAGUCCAGUGGCAGCAUGUCAGAGGACAGGUUUGCUGCAUCUGCCAGGGAGUACGUGGAGUCUCUUCACCAAAACUCUCGGACACACCUCUUAUACGGCAAAAACAACGUUCUGGUGCAACCGAAGAAGGACAUGGAGGUGUUGCGGGGCUACCUGUCACUCCACCAGGCAGGUGAUAACCUCACACUGAAGUGGACGCCCAACCAGCUCAUCAACGGCACUCUGGGAGACUGUGACCUGGAGAAGAGCAUCUACUGGGACUAUGCAGUGACUGUUCCUCUGCGCCAGAUCGUCUGCAUCCACUGUCACCAGCGACCUGAUUGCGGGGGGACGCUGGUUCUAGUAAGUCAGGACGGGAUCCAGCGGCCACCGCUGCACUUCCCCCCUGGUGGUCACCUGCUGGCCUUCCUGUCCUGUCUAGAAGCAGGCCUGCUACCACGAGGACAACUGGAACCUCCCCUCUGGUCCCAGAAAGGCAAGGGAAAAGUAUUUCCAAAGCUGAGGAAGAGGAGCAGCGCAGCCCGGCUGCUGGAGCAGGAGAGGAACGGGGAGGAGCAGACCGCUGCCGACUACGUCUUUCGCAUCGUCUAUCCUGGAUACAGAUACGAUGCAACAGUCACUAUAAACUACCACCACACCACGGGCAGCCGCGCUCCAUCUCUGGACGACGACGAGGAAGAGGAAGAUAGGCUCCAUGCAAUGAUCUCAAUGAUCUGCUCGCGGAACCUCACAGACCCUAAUGUCAUGAAAGACCACGGGGAGAGGAUGGAGAUGCAGGGUUUCGGUGGCAGCCCGUCGUCAUGGCAACAGGCCGAAGGAAGCGGGCCGGAGUCCCUGUGCCAGUUCUGCUCUGCGGACGGCAUCCCCGUCAACUACCCGGCAGGCUGCACCUGCAUCCAGCAGCCGGCAGACAUCCACACUGUUCCUCUUAAGAUGCUCUGCCAGAAUAUGAAGAGGCAGAUAGUCUCCAGAGCCUUCUACGGAUGGCUGGCGUACUGCCGACACCUGUCCACCGUGAGGACUCACCUGUCCGCUCUGGUCAACCACAGCAUGGUCCCCCCCGACAGGCCCUGCGAAGCCUCCGGAGGGCUCAGCAAAGAGGUGUGGAGCAAGUACCAGAAGGACUGCAAGAACUACAAGGAGCUGGAGCUGCUCCGGCUGGUUUAUUACGGAGGAGUGCAGCACGACAUCAGGAAGGAGGUCUGGCCUUUUCUACUGGGUCACUACAAGUUUGGAAUGGGCAAGAAAGACAUGAGCCAGAUCGAUGCAAAGAUCAGCGAGCGCUACCAGCAGGUGAUGCGGGAGUGGAAGGCCUGCGAGGUGAUCGUCAAGCAGAGGGAGAAGGAGAUGCAGUCGGCCAUCUUUGCAAAGCUGUCCUCCGGCAGCAGCAUCGACAGCCACGUCCUGCGCCUGGCGCACAGAGACUCCACCCUCAGCAACGAGGUGUUCAUGUCUGUGGAUGAGCCGGAUGCAGGAAGUCAGGAGACGCCGAGUGGAGAAGACAGCACUCCCACCAUGACCACCCUGGUGCCCCCCACCGCCCUCCCCCAGGAAGAGCGUCCUCUGGUAGAGUUUGACUCCCCCGACUCGGGUCUCCCUUCCUCCAGAAACUACUCGGUGACCUCUGCUCACUCUCAGAUCUUGUCCAGCAUAGACGACGGUCAGAGCACGGAGGAGGAAGGAGGGGGUAGGGAGGAGGGCAGGACUCCGGGGGGGGAGCUGCAGGACUCUCUCACGGAGAGAGGGCUAUGCAGUCAGCUGGACAAACUGGUGACCACCAGCGCUGCUGAUGAGGGGAUGGCAGCUUCACUCUCCUCCUACACAAUUGAGCUGUUGGACACAGUUGCCCUCAACCUCCACAGAAUAGACAAAGAUGUGCAGCGCUGCGACCGCAACUAUUAUUACUUCACCACAGGAAACCUGGAGAAGUUACGAAACAUCAUGUGCAGUUAUGUGUGGGAGCAUCUGGAGAUGGGCUACGUUCAGGGCAUGUGUGACCUGCUCGCACCCCUCAUGGUUAUCCUGGACGAUGAGUGCUUAGCAUAUAGCUGUUUUACUCACUUAAUGAGGAGGAUGAGUCAGAACUUCCCUAACGGUGGAGCCAUGGACACACACUUCGCCAGCAUGAGGUCACUAAUCCAGAUCCUGGACUCGGAACUGUUUGAGCUGAUGCAGCAAAACGGAGAUUACACUCACUUCUACUUCUGUUACCGCUGGUUCCUGCUGGACUUUAAAAGAGAGCUGGUGUACGAGGACGUGUUUGCAGUAUGGGAGGUGAUCUGGGUGGCUCCCAGGAUUUCCUCAGAGCACUUUGUACUCUUCCUGGCUUUGGCACUGGUCACAGUUUAUCGUGAGAUCAUCAUGGACAACAAUAUGGACUUCACUGACAUUAUCAAGUUCUUCAACGAGAUGGCUGAACGACACGAUGUCCAGCAUAUCCUGAAGAUGGCCCGUGAGCUGGUGUACAAAGUUCAAUCUCUGAUGGACAGCAAGUGACCCAGAAAUCAGAAGGUGACCAGGAGGAAUGGGAGCGCUGGAACCCAGUGUUCUGGCCUGGUGUCCAGAGCAGGUGGCAAGGGUGCCGGUCUCGGCCCGGGUCUCGGCCUCGGUCUCGGCCUGGGUCUCGGCCCGAGCCUCGGUCUGGGCCGGUCUUGGCCUGGGUCUGGGCCCGGGCCGGUGGACGGUGCUGGGACCGGAGCAGCAGCUGCUGCUGCAGGAGGGCCCGGCUCUGUAGCUCUGUUUACAUGUACCCUCACGUGGAAUGCUCAUGGUGUCUGUUCGGACAUGUGGAUUUGUCUGCAUGCUAGUGUGUCUUCACACACUGUGAGCGCAUCCUUUAGUCUCGCCAGUCCCGCUGUGUGCGUGCAUGAAAACGCACACACCGUUUUAUUCUCUCUAUACUCAGUUUUUUCCAAAGUCGUGUUCUUAAAUGACUCUGAAGCCAAACAUAUUUGCUGCUUGUCUGGAAAGUCAAAGCGCUGUCAGUGUUUGCCAAACGUGUUCCUCUUUGCAGUUCCACCUGACAACAGUAUUUACACAGAACAUGUUCAGUAGGAGCAGAGGACUUUGCCACAAAGACGUUUUCAUCAGUGACCAAAUGGACUGUGCCAACUACCUUUUCUCGAGUGUUUUAUACUACAAGCAUGUGUGUUUAUACCCCUCCCAUCCUAUCGGUUCUUCAAUUUUAUUUCUUUGUCUAAAAGCUCAUUCUGACACAAAUGUUGCCUUUUCUUAGUAACAGCCCAAGGUACUUAGAUGCACUUUCCUGGGAGCGUAUCCUCCGUGGAGCCUGUGAAAGUCUCACCACCACCGGGUGGAGCUGGAGGCGCCAACACAGGCCAAACUAUUGAGAAAGUCUGGAUGAAUUGCAGCCACCUUUUCAUGUGUCAUAAAAGAGAUAAAAACAUGUGCAGUCCUUUCUCCAAAUGGAAGAAUGAGCAAAAAUGUUAGCACAGUACUACAGCAAAUAUAGAAGCACACAAGCUUUUCUCCCUGCUGUUACACUUAACAGUUUCAUGGCUCUGUUUUGGUAACAGUGACCUUCAUCCCGUACCGUAUCUUCCAUUUACAGUAUAAGGAGGUUUGACGCUGUUUGGUUUUUAGGACCUUUUCUUGUUUAUAUUCUUCAGCAUAAAGACAGACACAAUUAAAGUGAAAUUUUGUAUUCACAAUUCACAAUGAACAGGCAAGAAAAAGUAUGUGAAUCCCUCAGAAUGAGUUGAUUUUCUGCAUUACCCUGCCAUAAAAUGUGAAGUGAUCUUAAUCAGUCGUAACAAUAGGAAAACCAUGUGCAUAAGCUGUUAAAACUCAAACAAUGUGAACUUCUUGUGACUUAAACAUUUAGUGUGUCUGAGGAAAAAGAAAGUGAACGCUUGGAGUUCAAAGCUGAUUGAAUAAUGAUUGAAAUGUUCAGGCAGAAUUCUGGACCAUUCCUGUUCCCAGACCUGCUCCAGCUCAGAAACAUCUGUAAGGAUUUCAGGUAUGAAUAUCCUCGCCACCGUCCCUGGAAAUACGGAAUUGUUACGUAAUUGGGAAUUAAAAGUUGCGUUCCGCAUUGAACCCAUACGGACAUAUAUCAUGCUCUUAUUUAUUGAUGUCAUAAUAUAAUAUACAGGUGAUGGUCGGAAAAUUUGAAUAUAUUGCAAAACUUAAUUCAUAGUAAAUUCAACUAAAGUUGAAACAAAUAUAUAAUUUCCCACUACAUUCAAAGUGAGAUAUUUCAAGCCUUUAUUUGUUAUAAUUUUGGUGAUUAUGGCUCAGUUUAUGAAAACCUCAAAUAAUAAAUCUAAAAAAAUGUGAAUAUUUUAUGAAAUCAAUAAAUAAUUCAAUCUUGCUUUGCCUGUAAUGAGACUAUGUAAUGUAUUAGUUUCGUCCUUUAAGUUGAAUUAUUGAAAUAAAUUAUUUUUUACACCAUAUUUUAAUUUCCCAACCUUCACCUGUAUCUAUAUUCUACAUCUGGGCUGAUGUGGACAUACGUAGCAUAGGAGGAUAUUUCAGUUACUAGUAUGGUUGUCUGUCUGUACAGUCACGCAGGUUCAAUGCUAUUAAAGCACUUUAAAUCAAAGCAUUUUUUUUUCAUAUAAAAUAAAUACAUUUCUAAGCAGUUUAGAAGUUUUGGGGAUGUCCCUUUUUUUUGGCGCCUGCGCUGCUGAAAUCGGGGCGUCCCUUAUUUCUAUUUCUUAAAGGUGGCAGCCCCUCGGUGUGAACGGCUCUCUUCAUGUCUGACCUCACCGCUGUUAAAGUCUGAGCUCUGACUGGACUCCUGCUCUUUUUCUGAAGCUAGUCUUUGGUGGAUUUAGCUCCGGUUUAGGACGAUUGUCCUGCUGCGUCACCAACCUCAGCUGGCACACAGCUGCUCUAACAUCGUCCUGGAGGAUUCUUUCUUAAAGUUAGAAUGAAUCUUCCCCAGGGCUCCAUACUUCACCGUUGGGAAGCUGAGCCCCAUUGGCCACAUAUAGUGCAGAGUAUCAUUCAGUACAGAAAACAUGUUUCAAGGUUUUCCUUGAAACAUGGAAACCUGGAGAGCAGCAGCUUCCUUAGUGGUGUUCUGACGUGGACAUGACUGUCACGAUAGAUUCAUGGACUAAGGAUGCCCCCAUACCAUUUAUUUCACACCGAGUACGAGUAUUUCAAUUUGUGUACUUGCCGAUACCGAGUACCGAUACGAUACUUCUACCACAAAAAUAACUAGGCUAAAAAUGCAAUGAAAAAUGCAAUUAAUUGGAAGACAGGUUUUAUUUGUAACAGAUAAAUUCAAUUAAAAUUAAAUCUGCAAGCAGCGAUGAACGGUCCUCCACCCUUGUGCACGUUCAGGCUGCAGUGGAAGCUUGAAUGACUUGAUGUAGAUUCUUCAGGCUGGACAUUUAGCGGAUGAAACCACCCACGACUCUCUAUACCAAACCAUUCAAAAGUUAUGGCAGAAAAUAAGAACUAUCAAAUAUCGACCAAUCAGAUGAAGGGCGGGGCUAAUUUGCAGCAAUCAUGUUCAAGGACUCAAAACCGAGUCCGAUGACACCACCCACGAGUCUUUAUGUGAAACCAUUC